AAAUGCAUUAGUCUCUGUUCGUGGGCUGUUUCGUAACAGCUACCUGAAGUCUGCUCCCAACGGAGGAAAAGGAGGCAGGUGCAGGGGAGCGCGCGCGGCCCCUUUAAGGCCGUUUUAGGCAUAAUUAGUGACGUCUCGCGCUGUGUACACGACCGACGCUUAGCUGCGUGGAUGGAUGAAGCAUCCUCAGAGCAUCCGAGAACCCCGACGCCGUCCCCGCUUUGCUGCGUUUUCCCACUACGGUACAAUAAAAAUUGAAGUUCACGUCGAGACUCCUAUGCGGUCUCCAUAACCGAGACGUGGGUGGUGCAAGUGUUCCAAGUGCCAUGGCUAGAGUGAGGAACAUCCCACCUUCCCAGUACGGUGAACCGCUCAAGUUUGACCUCAGGGGACCUGUUCACCACAGGAAGUGCACAGAUGUGGCAUGCUGCAUGAUCUUUGUCACUGUUAUCCUAGGCUACAUCGCUCUGGGUACUGUGGCUUGGAUCCACGGUGACCCCAGGAAGAUUGUCUAUCCAACGGACAGCCAGGGUCAGUUUUGUGGCCAGCAGAACACCUCUAAUGCAGACAAAGCCAUAUUAUUCUACUUCAACAUGCUGAAAUGUGCCAAUCCUGUGGUUUUAAUUAACCUCCAGUGCCCUACAACUCAGCUCUGCGUCUCCAAGUGCCCUGACAGAUUUGCCACACUCCUGGAUGUUUCGACUACCGACAGCUGGGACUAUUACAAGCAAUUCUGCAAGCGUGGCUUUAAAACUGGCAGUAAGUCAGUUGCAGAUGUCAUCCGUGACGAAGACUGCCCAUCCAUGAUUGUGCCAAGCAAACCAUUCCUUCAGAGGUGCUUCCCUGAAUUCAACACAAAGGAUGGGAUUUUAAGAGUGGCCAAUCAGACCACCUUUAAAGAUGGCGACAAUAACAAACGAAAUGUCAUCGACCUCAGAGAUGCUGCCAAUAGCAUGGGCAGUCUGUUGAAUGCCAAAGAAGUUGGCAUGAAGAUCUUGGAGGACUUUGCAAACUCCUGGAUAUUGAUCCUUUUAGGCCUGGCAGUAGCCAUGCUGGUCAGUGUGCUCUACAUCAUCCUGCUGCGCUACAUUGGAGGGGUGAUAGUGUGUCUGUCUCUGUGUGGAGUCAUCACUGCGGUUGGCUACGGUAUCUGGAGCUGUUACGGGACGUACAGCACUCUGCGCAAGAAGCCAUAUGACACCAUCUCCGACAUUGGCUUCCAAACAGAUCUCAGCGUUUACCUCGAGUACAGACAGACGUGGCUCAUCUUCCUGACCUUGCUCAUUAUGGUUGAGACCACCCUGGUGAUUCUAAUGAUAUUUCUUGGAACGAGGCUAAGUAUCCCUGUUACUCUGCUAAAGGAGGGCAGCAGGGCCAUCAGCCACAUCAUGUCGACCCUCUUCUACCCCCUCAUCACCUUUUUACUCCUGGCCAUCUGUGUCUCAUACUCAGCUGUCACUGCUGUCUUCUUGGCAUCUUCAGGUGAAGCGGUCUACAAGGUGACAGCAGCUGAUGAUCAUUGCGUGUAUGCAAACCUCACUUGCAGUCUACUGACCUUCAACCAGACCAAUGUUACCAAAGUUUGCCCUGGAGCUCGGUGCAUGUUUGCUUUCUACGGUGGGGAGAGUGUGUACCACCAGUACAUACUGGUCCUCCACCUGUGUAACCUGUUUGUGGUUCUGUGGCUGGUCAACUUCAUCUACGCUCUGGGCCAGUGCACCCUGGCAGGUGCCUUCGCCUCCUACUACUGGGCGCCAAGGAAACCAAAAGACAUCCCUCCGUUCCCACUCUAUUCUUCAUUCAGCAGAGCCAUACGUUAUCACACAGGCUCUCUGGCGUUUGGUUCUCUGAUCCUAGCUUGGGUGCAGGUGGUCCGAGUUGUUCUCAUGUACCUGGAUCACAAACUGAAAGGAUCUCAAAAUUGCGUAGCUCGGUUCCUGGUUUGUUGCCUCCGAUGCUGCUUUUGGAGCCUGGAACGUUUCCUCAAGUUUCUGAACAAAAAUGCAUACAUCAUGAUAGCAAUAUAUGGAAAGAACUUCUGCACAUCCUCCAAGGAUGCAUUUUCUCUCUUGAUGAGGAAUAUUUUGCGAGUGGCCACCUUGGACUGCAUCACAUGGUUUCUGCUUUUCAUAGGAAAACUGUUCAUUGCAGGAGUUGCAAGUAUUCUUACACUUGUAUUUCUACGACUUUUUCAAGAAUUUUUGCCAACAGUUAAUUACGUCUUGGUCCCCAUUGUGAUGGUGAUAAUUGGAUCAUACAUGAUUGCAAAUGGCUUUUUUAAUGUCUUUUGCACAUGUGUGGAGACACUUUUCCUGUGCUUUUGUGAAGACUUGGAGAAGAAUGACGGCUCAUCCUCCAAGCCCUACUACAUAUCUCCAGGCCUGCACAAGAUCCUCCGCAAAGGAGAGGAGCGUGCCAAAUCCUGUGCUUCCUCCUGAGCUGAUGUGCAGACAUUUCCUUGAAUUUAUUGACUCAGACUCAAUUCUCCAUAUCUGCUCUGUGUGUAGGCGACCGGAUGUUUGAGAGCAAGUACUUUAGGGCUUAACCUCUAAACUGGAUGCAACCCAGCCUGGUCAGUGAUGAACUGAACACGAACGGACUUUAUGCCACUGAAGGUUACAGGCAAAAGGACAGAAAAAAUGAAAAAACUUGACUUCCUCUCAUGAGCCGACUCGGACACUUGCUUUUUUAUCUGCUAUGCUUUUAUUCAUGUUUCUUUUCUCUGUAUUCUCUACUGAGGUCUGCCUUACUGAGAGGGCUCACACUGAUACAUAACAUGGAUGCACAAGCUGAGGGAAAACUGAGACAGGUGUUUUCGCCCAAACAAACAUGAGGACCUUAAAUUGUAGAUAUGCCAAUGAUGGACUGUGGCUGUGGGUAUCACCCUAAAAAGUGGUGAACCAUGGGGCACUUUCCUGUUGCACUUUGGUCUUCUAGUGUAAAAUGAGAUUCUGUUUUCACUCACAGAAAUGGUAAAAAUGGCCUGUGUUUGAAAGGUAAAGAACCGUGUGAUCUAUCUCUUCUGUGUAGCAUGGUUAUGUUGUUGGUUGUUGAUGUUCCCUUCAAUUUUAUAGAGGUUACUUUUAAUCCACCAUAUUUAUGCUAACACAAACACAUAGCUGUGUGAAUUCUGCAAAUAGUUGCACAGGUUACUGCUACACAAUCAUUUGAGAGUUUUUAUUUUGCUCAUAGAUGUACUGUAACCCAGAGACUUUGUGGGAGGUCAAGACUACAAUAUUCACAUGAUGGUUUUUGCUUAAACUCUGAACAGAACCUGAGGAUUUUCAGGAUAUUUGAAUGCAGCCACUAGUUAAUGUGCCUAGUUGUGGGAAAAAAAAGGAAAAUAUGUUCUCUUACCCUGUGAUUUCUAGAUCUAACACUAAGAACUUUUAAUGUAAAGUUUAUAAAAAGGAUUUUGAAGCCAUUUUUUGGUCAUUUUUUAACUGCAUCAGAUGUGUUUUAAUACUCAGAAUGAUACACACAUCUUUCUGGGGGGUAUUUGGUGGUCUUUUUGUACAGGGGUAUUUUUUUAUGUGUGAAUCUAAUAAACAAUGUGAAUAUUUGUUUUUGAAUAAACAUUACUGUUUCAACUAUU